AUGGUCAACUACGAAGCAUCUUCUUUUCAAGUUCAGGGUUUAGCAUCAAGCAUAUCUAAAAGACUAUCAAGUGAGACCAACUCUUUACUACUAAAUGCAAUUCCAACUGGAAGACAAGCCAAAAGACAUGCUCAACAAAUCAACUAUUCUGAAGAUUUCAUAGACGAUUUUGAAAUCGAAAAUAGUCCUGGAGAUCUACCUCACAGUGCUCAAGAUAGUGGGCGUAACUUGAAUGAAUCCAAAACUCAAGUCGAUGCCCAGAAAUAUGGGCCUGCUAGAAAUACACCAAGAAUUAGUUCACUUGAAGAUGAAUCAAACUUGAAUAGCCAGACUAACAAACCGGAGACUUUAAUUCCUAUCAAGUUGAAUUUGGAGAGCACGGUCACCAGUCACAAGGUCAAUGAUAUAUUCAUGUGGAAUUUAAAUGAAACAUUGAUAACUCCUACUGAUUUUGCCGCAAUCUUGUGUAAUGAUCUUGAAUUACCCAACCCUAUGAUUGGUCAGAUUGCAGAUUCAAUAACACAACAGAUUGAAGAGUAUUCGUAUGCAUCAAAUUUAUCCAUCCCUAAUAGAAAUCCCUGUAAUGUGAUUAUUGACUUGUCAGUCAAUUUGAAUAAACAACUAUAUCAAGAUAGAAUAGAGUGGGACUUAAACCAAAAUGAAAUCACACCAGAAAAGUUUGCUGAAAUUGUGGUUGCUGAUCUCGGAUUAUCAUUGGAGUUCAAUUUGGCCAUCUCACAUGCAUUACACGAGAUUAUUAUUCGUGUUAAGAAGGAGAUCAUAGAAGGUUCGUUUAACAAUGAGAUCCACAACUUACAUUUGGUUAAAGGAAUCUUCUUUGAACAAGGAUUGCGUAUUUUCACCGAGAAUAGUGUCAAUAACGGUAAUGACCAUUGGGAACCAUCUGUUGAAAUAUUAAGUUCAAGUGAAAUUGAAAGAAGAGAGAAUGAGAGAAUUAGAAACUUGAGAAGACUCAAGAGAGAGAAUAUGAGACGUGAUUAUGACGAUAAUAAAAGAAGAAACGUUGGUAGAAGAAGAAGAGGAGACGAUGAUGAAUGGAGAUAG